AUGACAACUGGUAUAGUAAGUUUAGAGAAUAUUAUAGAUGAUAUAAAAAAGAAUAUUAAAACGAUAUUCCAAAAUGGAGUUAGAGCUGAAGAUCAGCAAAAAGUUUAUAUAAUUGGGCUUCAAUUAACAUUGGACAGAUUAGCACGAGAGCGCAAGACCGCAGGUAAGUUUACUAUUAACUCCUCACAGUAUUUGCCAUUAUGCAAUCUGGCUAAAUACGAACACACAUAUGAUAGGGCAACAGGUUUUAUUACUGUCACAAAUAAAAGACAGAAUAAAGUUGUAGAUUUCGAAGGAAGUAUGGAUUGUACAGAUAAAGUUCUAAAGCUAAUAGCGGAAUCAUAUUCAAAUUUGGAGUAUCUUAAUAUAUCUGCUUUACUGAAAGCUUUGGAUCAGAAAAUGAUAUGUUUAUUUGCAAUCGCACAAUUAUGCCACAAACUAAAAUAUCUAAAUAUUUCUAUUCACAAAGAGUUUUCUGAAAUAUCAAUUUGUAAUGUUAUUUGUUCUUGCCUAAGGCUCCAACAAUUUGAUCUUAGCUAUUAUGUAAUUACUAAUAUAACUAUUGAAGAAAUUGCUAGAUCAUGUCUUAAUUUAAAGUAUCUCAAUUUGAAAGGGUGUUAUAAUAUUAGUGAAAAAGCAAUAGAUCAGCUUAUUUCACUUAACCCAAAUAUUCAUGUUGAGAAUUUCUUGGAAUCUUCAGCACCCUCUGCUUUUAUUGAAUUAGUUAGAAAUUAUCUUAUACAGCCUAAUGUUGCUAAUAAGCGAUUUUUAGAUUAA